AGGAAAAGUUCUUUUUUUUUUUAAUUAUCCAGAAACUCCGGUGAGACUUGAGAGGAUAAUAAACAGAGAGAGAGAGAGAGAGAGAGAGAGCGACGGAGAGAUGGAGAAGUAUUUUGGAAAUGCGUAUAGGGGAGAUCCAGGAGUGCCGCACGCAGAUGCUGAUAGGUUUGUGAACAUAUGGAUUGGUUCGGCUGCCUUCUCUGUUCUCACGUGGGUCAAUCCUUACAUGUGGCAGCUCUCCAACCAGUUCAAUUAUCAUGAUAAGUGGAUGCUCUUCGAGCAGCACCACUGGAAAAAGGCAAGGGCGAAGAAUCAGCCUUACGAAUUCAAGUGGAAUAAGAUACCAAAGGAAGUCAGGGACUCGUACUAUUACAACUGGCCUGUCUACUUCCCCUAGUUGAAAGCCUCCGCCUUGCAAUCUUCUCGUCUGCCAUAUGACCAGCAGAGAAACAACUAAAAAGAACUUUGCUUCUUAGUCUCUCUUCCUUUUGUACUUCUGUUGGAUUUCAAGUGUCGUUUGUAUUGAUCACUCAACUAUUCUCUGCUUAGUUCUUCUCUUCUUGUUGAAACUCUUAUGGCAAGAUUGAAACACUCUCUUUUAAGUUCAGAACCAGAAACUGUCUUACUGGCA